CCGGACCUGUCAAGUGUCAACCUAAAUUGAAAACUAACAAUAAAUAAAUACUUACUUUAAAAACACAAUGCAAUGUAACCACUGAGAUGCUAAGAUAUCCCUUUAUAGCCCUAACCUGCACCAAAAUAACAAUAAUUCAUCCUAAUUAUGCCAGAAAAUCUUUAUCUCCUAGGCACCACGCAUGCAGACCUUAUUCAAAAGAAGCCUCAAAAUUCAAAGUUAUACUGCAGAAGCUUAUGACCACCAAAAAACCUAAAAUUUUACGUACUCCAGUAGCAAAAAUUGCACUUAACCUGAGCCUAAUAGGCUUAGCAGUUAUUAUAACGAUGAUCCUAGGAUCUCCAUGUCUUGACGACGACGGCGAAGUCAUUCAGGACGAAUUCACUGGAGGACCAUUGAUCAAAGAAUACAUCUUACGCACCCUUAGGGAACUCACCUUCUAUAUGAACCUAUUAAGGCGGCCCACUAAAGAAAACCUCCUUCCAGACCCUUUGAACCACCCCUACGUCCAACCCAAGUACACACUAGUCUUGGAACUGACGGGCGUCCUGGUGCAUCCAGACUGGUCCUAUGGCAACGGCUGGAGGUUCAAAAAACGUCCUUUAUUAGACUUAUUCCUCUCGAGCAUCAAUGAACAAUAUGAAAUCGUCGUUUACACAAGCGAACAAGGGCAUACAGCAUUCCCAUUAAUCGAGGCAAUUGAUACCAAUAAGACCAUUGCUCAUAAACUAGUAAGGGAUGCCACCAAGUGGUCCAACGGAAAUCACAUAAAGGACAUCAGCAACCUUAACAGACCUUUAUCGAAGAUCAUCUGCAUCGAUUGGGAUCUGAAGAGUUACAAGUUUAACGCGGAGAAUUUGUUUUGUAUUAAGAAAUGGGAGGGCAACGAUGACGACACGACCCUGCUUGACCUGGUAAUGUUUCUUAAGUCAAUCGCUGACAAUGGGGUGGAGGACGUGAGAGAAGUGCUGAAGGUUUACCAGCAAUCCGAGGAUCCUGUUGGGGCCUUCAGGGCGAAGCAGAAGCAGCUGAUUGACGAGUUAGAGGCUCGGGAGGCUGCCAAGAGAGAGCAGACGAAACGAGUCACACCGAGAUGGAGACAGAGGUUCUUCGGGAGGCAAGAGGACUAUAAUGACUAGAAUAGACAUUUUGUUAAUUAAGUUUGUUCAUUAUAAAGAGUGCUAAUGAGAA